GAUAUAUAGCACUAAAACUAAAACAAAAGCUUCAAAUAUUCGAAAUUAAAAUUAUGGCUCAUCUUCCUGGCGAUAUUAUUCAGUGCAUACAAUCUCUUCUCACUCCAAAAGAAGCUGCUCGAACCUCUCUCGUAUCCAAGUCAUGGUACGGCGCGUGGGCCACAACCCCCAAUCUCAGAUUCUUUGAAUACGAGUCGCGAAAAUGGUUUCCGCAAUUCACGAAGAAGACGCUGCAGAGGUAUGAAGAUCUCAAUCUAAAGAUCCAAAGUUUCGGUCUAUUUAUGUACCAAAAACAUUCUCUGGCUAGAGAAUUGAUUUUGAAAGCGAUCGAGUUGGGGGCUGCCGAUCUCAGGAUUUAUGUUGCGGAAGACAAUCAUGCGCCGUUUGUUUUACCAGAUGAGGUGCUUGCAUCCCAAACCCUAACUCGAUUAUCAGCUUCUCGCUGCAGAAUUGAUCUCGGGAGGAGGAAGAAAGAGGUAAUACCUUGUUCCGCUCUUAAAUCCCUUAAUCUAUCCUGUGCGACUGUAAAUGAUGAUUUCUUUAAGGAUUUGAGUUGGAGAUUCCCACGGAUUGAGGAAUUAACAUUGAAAGAACCGAAGAGAUUGCUCCGACGAGAGCUUGUGUUUGAUGUUGCUGCGAUGGUGAAACUGCAUAAGCUCAAGUCUUUGCGAUUGGAUUGGCUUGGUGUUAGAGAUUGCUUAUCUAAGCAUGACUUGUGGCCUCAAUUUCCCUGCCUCAAAGAAUUGGUACUAAAAUUAAUUCAGAAUUUCGAGUAUAGUGAUAUAAGAAUUUGUAGCCCAUCACUUGAACGUAUAGUCAUAGACUUAAGCUGUGCGUAUGGAAAAGUUAAUGCGGAGUUUGAUGUUCCAAAUAUUCGAUACCUUAAGUUGAGAUGUGCUGGUUUCCCGAGUCUCAAGUUUGAAACAACAAUGAUGAGUAGGGAAUGGGUGUCGGAUUUAGAGAUAUAUUUUAGGGAAGACUGUAAUUUCUAUAUGUUGAAGCAAUUUGUGAAAGAGGUGAGCAGCGUAUCUCGUGUUUCUCUCCAUCUACGUAUGAGAGGAUAUAAUUGGGAAGAAGGAUAUGUGGAAGAUGAUGGUUUGGGUGUAGGUGAGGUGGAGAACUUGGCGCUACCGGGUAUUAGACUCACCUCAGCUUUUCUGGGUGAUUUAUUGCGGAGUUGUCGCCCCAACUUCAUAUACCUUCGCAGCUGGGAUGUGGAUUUGGAAGUGCUGCAACUGCAACAGCUGCGCCGUCUGCCAUGGAAGACCAACACAUUCUCAUCAGUAGACCCUUGGUACUACUGCGACUUUGCCAUUCGAGAUUGGGAGACGUUAUCAGAUACAACAUAUGAUCGCUUUCAACUCAGAUGAUGCUCUUUUUUCUUCCUUUUUUGAUAAUUUCUUCAGUUCGUCUCCUUCUCUUUAUCUAUUACUUUAGAGUUAUUACAUUGUUUUUAAACAAUAAUUUCCAUGUGGACCCAACUUCGUUAACGUUCAAAGAAGAUGUUCUGGUUAGGUAUGUGGAAUAGUUUCAACUCUUGAGCUCUCUGUCAUGGAACACAUUGUUAGAUGAUUCAAUGAAUCAUUCGGAAGAAGAAUACGUCCGAUUCCAACUCAAAUAGGGACGUAGAUCGGUUCCUAGUGUACGUUCAAGAUUUUUCUCUGU